GCUACUCGGAAUACAUGAAGAAGGAAGUCAACAAUUUAAGAAGUCCACUACAUUGAUACUACACACAGACUAUAACAUGCCCAGUAUAUACUACACAUACAAGGAUGGAUAAGUUCUUACUGACGUCAUGCAUGACUGCUUUUGUUGCUUUGCUGUAUUUCUAUUACAUUGGACAACCUACACGUGGUACUGAGUUCCCCGUUAGACUGAACGAGACUUAUGACUAUAUAAUUGUUGGAGCCGGUGCGGCGGGUUCAGUGCUAGCCUCACGUCUAUCAGAAGACCCGAACAAGGACAUCCUUCUACUGGAGGCCGGGGGGUCGGAAGAAGACAAUCCUAGCAUCCGGGUUCCUGGAGAAGCUGGGCAGCUCGCGGAGUCGGAACAGGACUGGAUGUAUUUUACAGAGCCACAGAAAAAUGCAUGCCUUGCUAUGAAAGAACAGAGGUCCUACUGGACACGCGGGAAGGUUCUUGGAGGAUCAACUGCUCUUAAUUAUUUACAAUUUGUCCGAGGUAACCGCCAUGAUUACAACAGCUGGGCUGAGGAAGGCUGUGAUGGUUGGAGCUACAAGGACGUUCUUCCAUACUUUAUCAAGUCAGAGGACAUACAGAUUGACGAGUUCAAGACAUCAGAGUAUCAUGGUACGGAUGGCCCCUUACCAAUAACUCGACCGAAUAUUACACCAAUGCAGCAGCUGUACUUAAACGCGGGUAAAAAUGUGGGUUACAACAUCACGGACUGUAACGGGGAAGACCAAAUAGGGUUUUGCUGGACGCAGUCUAAUAUAAAAAGUGGGGAGCGAUGGAGUAACUACAGAGCUUUUGUGGAGCCUCACAUGGGACGAAAUAACCUCCACAUCAGUCCAAACACUUUCACCACCAAGAUUAUCAUCAAAGACAAGAAGGCUAUUGGCGUGGAGUGUAUCAGGAACGGAAGGAAGGUCAGAGUGUUUGCCAGGAAGGAAGUGAUUUUGUCUGCUGGCGCCAUCAACUCUCCUCACCUGUUGAUGCUCUCCGGCGUCGGGCCUAAAGACCAUCUUCAAAAAUAUGGGAUUGAGUUACAUGCUGAUUUGCCAGUUGGGAAAAGUCUACAGGAGCAUAUAUUUAUGCCUCUGACAUUCACUAUUAAUACAACUGAUUCAGUGACAUUGGAGGAUAUGGCAUCCUGGUGGACUCGACUGCAGUAUAACUUGUUCGGCACAGGUUAUCUGUCGGCUUCAGCCUGCGAAGGAAUGGCGUUUAUUUAUAGUGAUUUCAAUAAAAAGAAAGACGCAGGAAAAACUUCAGACUUUCAGUUGCAAUUUCAAACAAUGCAUAUGUUCACUCCAACUAUGAAAAGUAUCAUGAAAUUCAAUUUCAAAGACGAGGUGGCUGAUAAGGUUUUCACCGCUAGGGAGGAUAAGGAAUCGAUCACAAUAGUACCAAUGCUAUUACAUCCAAAGAGUAGAGGGACAAUCCAAUUGAAGAGCACUGACCCUUUUGACUACCCAGAGAUUGACCCGCAUAAUCUUGAACACCCGGAUGAUGUCAAAAUGGCUGUUAAAAUGAUCCGCUUUGUGGAGCGGCUGGUGGACACAGAUUCAAUGCGAUCUAUUGGUAUGGAUGUUAACAGUAUGUCACCCCUGUACCAACUGUGUAUCCAACACGAGUUCCGGUCUGACGAAUUCUGGGAAUGCUACGUACGCUAUUACACAGUAAACACGGCUCACGCAACAUCAACGUGUAGAAUGGGUGCCACAAACGACAGGACUGCUGUAGUGGAUCCACAACUACGAGUAAAGGGUAUUUCCAGUUUACGUGUUGUCGACGCUUCCGUGAUGAGAAGGUUACCUGCUGGUAAUACACACGCGCCGGUGACAAUGAUUGCGGAGAAAGCUGCUGAUAUCAUUCGUCAAAGCUAACCUUACAUACUCAGUGUAGAAUAGCACUACUUAGUAUGUGAUUUUAAAAAUCUUCUACAGAAACUUGUUUUUUACAUUUAAGGACAUUUUGCAUCUAUCAGGUACUAAACAGUCAUUGAUGUAUUUUGAAGAAAUGGAAUGUGUUUAAAUCACUUUUAUAUUUACUUUUAAAAUUGGAUAGAAAUAAGACGAGGAAAUAGGCAAAUUGGAGUUAUUUAUAUUUGUAUUUCUUCUUCGAUUGAAAAGCUUUUUAAUAUCAAUAAACGUCACCCAUGUGUCUUCUUUAAAAAUAUGUACGACACAAAGAUAAACUAGAAAUAAACGAUAUUUCUGUU